AUGUUUCGUUCUAGUCUAGGAGCAAACCUAUGCUCACUAAUAAGACCAAUAACCAGACCACAGCAUAUACCAACAUCCACCACAUCUGUAUCAUCAUAUCUCCGAUCAAUUCAACGUAUACGCCCAACAUCGCUCAUCAAUACAACCCCUAAUUCCUCCAUUGCAUUCCCAUUCCAACAGUUACGAUAUUCAUCAAUCAAUCAAAUUCAACAUUUCAAACACUACAAACCACCAAAACGCAACAUUACAAAAUCACCCGAUUUACAAGGCAAUCCAUUCAAAAAGGGAGUAAUAUUACGUAUAAUGAUUCUCAAACCCAAGAAGCCUAACUCUGCAUUGAGAAAAUGUUGUAGAGUUCGUUUGACUAAUGGUAAAGUUAUUAGUGCAUUAAUUCCUGGUGAAGGACACAAUUUACAAGAACAUCAUGUUGUUUUAGUUAGAGGUGGUAGAGUUCAAGAUGUUCCUGGUGUCAAAUAUCAUUUGGUUCGUGGUGCUUUUGAUUUGGUUGGGGUGGCUAAUAGAUCUACUUCGAGGAGUAAAUACGGUGUAAAGAAACCAAAGCAAUAG